AUGAAGGAAUUCUUGCAAGUAGUGCCUUCCGAGCUAGAACUCAUAAAGCAAGAUUUUAAAAGGAAAAACUCGGAAUUAGGAAAGAAAAUAAAACAAUUGGAGGAGGAAAAAAUGCAUUUGAGAUUAGAUGCUGAUGUUCAGAAUCUAGAAGCUGAGAAAUUAAGAAAGGGAAAGAAUAAGGCCGAAAAAGAUUUAGAUAGCUUGAAAACAGAUUACAAAAAGUUGCACUUAUCGAUGAGGACCAUAGGAUUGGGGAGGACGUCAGAGCAGUGGCGACAAGAGAUCCAAGAGGAGAAAGCUAAUACCGAUCGAUGGGAGAGAAAAAUCCAAGAUGCUUAG